AAAUAAGAACCUUAGUGGCCUUCUAAAUUACAUUAAUCUCUCAAAAGCCUUUGUUUACAGGCUUACACUUACCAAAGACAAAGCAAGACUAAACAAGGUGAAACGACUUUAAUCAUAAAUCAAAAUGAGUGAACCAAGAGGGACAUCAUCCACAACCGCUACAGCGUGGUGGUGUAAGAUUUUGGAUUGGUUUAAAUAUGAUAAGGAUGAAUGGUUGAAGGAUAUGAAAACAGCCCUGGGUGUGAUGGUUUCCAUUAUCGCAACUAUCACCUUUCAAUUCGCUUUGAAUCCACCUGGUGGCGUGCUCCAGGUAGGUUUCGACGAUAAAAGUAAGAGUAACCUAUUUGACUGCUCAAUUCCCAAUAGAACGGAUCAGCUAUGUCCAGGAGAAGCAGUUUUAUCUCUAACUAAAAGUGACUACUAUACUUUUUUCUUGGUAUGCAAUACCACUUGCUUCAUUGCAUCGCUUUGUGUGGGUCUUUUACUUGUGAGUGGACUCCCUCUGAAGAACAUAUUCACCAUGUGGAUGUUACUGAUUGGCAUGUGGAUCACUCUUACAACUCUCUUGCUGACUUACUUUGCCGGCAUUGUUUUGAUUACGCGGGAUGCGAUUGUAGAUGGCCGUAUUGUCGACAAUUGGUUUUCGUAUCUUUUAAAGGCCCUUUUGUUAUUGUUUGUUGUAGUCGGUGUAUUCCAUGUACUACACUUAGUUAUUUGGGGUGUGAAGAAAUGCAUCCGGUUAUGGAAUAAUAGGUGUUACUGUGUUAGAACUUAGAAGUUCCUUUACAAUUUGAAGUUUUUGAAGGGGAUGGAAAUAUUAUGUAAGCAGUAUGUUAUUGAAGAAUAAAUGUGAUUUCACUUUUAACAUAA